UGCAUGUGUUGGUAUGUAUGAAGGAUCGUUUUGCUGAACGAAUGAUUUAUGAAAAAUGAUUUUAUACGUAAUAUGAAACGAAGAAAAUUAGUCAAUUCUUGAUCAUGCAGCAUUUAUAAUGAUAUAGUUAAUCUCUUAGUGAUUACAGCCUAACGUGAAUAGAGUCUUCUUAAUAAGACGGCAUGUUUGUAAGAGACUGGUUGCGAAUUCUCACGGGGGAUGAAUGAGGAAGAAUUAUUGAAACGGUCUGCUGCAGAGCGAGAUAGAAUAUUUAGCUGCUAUGACCGUGGUAGGGAAAAUGGAGCAGAAAUUGAUCCUUGGGAAGAUCCCAGCUUCGAAGUUUAUCAUGCUACCGAUAGAUAUGGAUUUAUACACGAUAAACGUCUGCCGCAAAAGCUGGACCCAAAUGAAAUCAAAACUCAUAGAGUGGAAAUGGAAAGAUUAAAAAAAUGGGAAAAAAUGACUAAACAGUGGGAUAGUUCCUCGACUAAAGAAAAAUUACGACGCCGAGUAUAUAAAGGUAUUCCAGAUAGAUUUCGCGGCCAAGUUUGGGCAUUGUUGCUAGGUAUUAAAAAUUUGAAAAAGGAACAAGCAGGUAAAUAUGAAGAAAUGCUACAACUUGCCCGUCAGUGGUCCACUGAAAUAAGACAAAUUGAUGCUGAUGUGGCUAGACAAUAUAGAGAUCAUAUCAAUUAUAGAGAAAGAUAUAGCAUAAAACAACGAUCUAUGUUUUACGUCUUGGCUGCCUAUAGUAUGUACAAUAUGGAAGUGGGUUAUUGUCAAGGAAUGUCUGUACUAGCUGGUCUACUAUUAUUAUACAUGGAUGAAGAAGAUGCAUUUUGGGGUCUUUCCGUAUUACUUGCCGAUAAGAAGUACACUAUGCAUGGAUUUUACGUCGAUGGGUUUCCAAAACUAAAUCGUUUCAUAGAGCACCAUGAUAAAAUUAUGAAUAAAUUUUUGCCAAAAUUAAAACGAAAACUUGACAAAUGCGGUUGCGAUUCUAUUCUUUAUGCGUUAAAGUGGUUUUUUGUUGUAUUUCAAGAGAGGACACCAGUUAGUCUUGGUCUUCGGAUUUGGGAUAUAUUCUUACUAGAUGGAGAUCGCAUUCUACCAGCUAUGGCAUAUACAGUUAUGAAAAUGCAUAAGCGUUUUCUUAUGCCAAUGGAAAGUUUAGAUGAAUUUUGUAAUUAUUUACAAAUUAAGUUAGAAAAGGAUUUUUGUUUCGACGAUGACACAGUAGUAAACGCUAUGGAACGUAGUAUGGAUGAACUAAAACGUGCUAAGUUAGAUUAUCCAGGCCCUCCCUUGCCACACGAGUUACCACGAUUUCCAUUCGGUACAUUUAAGGAACCUACGUUUGCAAGCAAGGUUGGAAGACGUGCUGAAGAAUUUAGCGAGGCGCAGCAUGUGAUGCGUGAGUCCAUAACACAACGCAGAGACACGGUAGUUCCUGAUGAUGAUAGGGAAAGUACAACACCAGUUGAACAAACCAGUUGUGGUCUUGGCGGAAGCAAAUUCUCAUUUGAUCCAAGUCUUGACGAUGGGGCCUCUUCCAAUGGCUCACGCCGGUCAUUGGCAGAUACAUCAGUUACCUCGACAGCUUGUCUUUCUGUAUUUAGUUCGGCGACACGGUCUCAAGCGUUAGAUAAUAGUCUUGAUACUCAAAGUAACAUUUCUAACGAUAGCUCUGGCAGUGGUGGGUUACCCACACCGAGGGCAACACCGCAUCAACCAAGUCCAGACGUUGUACGAAUUUAUGUACCAUACACUUCACCUAUAUCUGGUUCGUAUAAAGAUGAUCUUCCGCGUACACUCCCACGAUCAUUAGAAACCAAUAGAAUACGCAUACGAGUUGAUCCCGAUCAAACACCGAUAGUAGAAAAUCUGAAGCCAUUUUCAUUAGAAAAUCCGGAGGUCGAAUUAGAUUUGAAAUAAUUAAUAUGAUUGUUCCAACGCGAUAGUUGUAUGCAAAGAAAAUGAUUCAUGACAUUAUGAUUAGUAUUAAAAGUAGAUUUAGGUAAACAAAAUUCUAUCUUUUGUUUUAUCUAUAUCUACAUUGUAACAUACGUAGAGAAGUGAUAGCGAAAAGAAACAAAACGGUAAUCGGUGAUCAGUGAUAAGCAUUAAAAAAAGACGUACGUACAAUUUUUUUUUUUUUUUUCUAUGUAAGUAAUCACAGUCAACAUAAUGUGUCGUGACAUUUCGUUUUCAAAUGUAAACCAGUAUAUGUUAUGCGCACUAGUCACGAAUAAUUGUAGUGAUUCGUAUUGAACAGAAAUCAUGAAGUGUUUACUAUGGCCUAAUUUACCUUGGUAAUACAAUAUUUAAAACAGACAAUAUAGAAUGAUAAUUUUUGGUCUAUUAUUGUUAGUCGAUCAAUCAACGAUGUUUUCAACAAUAAAAUUGAUAUAUGAUAUCAAAUAAUUUAAAAAAUCUGAAACACUGCAUAAUACUUGUCAUACAUCAAGUUAUAUUUCAAGCGAUAAGAUGAUGGAACUUUAUGCAGAAGGAAAAAAACGAAUUAUACGCUAAAGCUAUUCUAGUAUUUAGUAGUUAUUCGAACUAAUAUAUAUAUAUAUAUAUAUUAAUACGUGUAUAAGAAGUUACAACAACAUUAUACAUAGGAAUGUAAACGAUAAGAAUAAUGUAUACAUAAUUUCUGUAAAGUAUAUGUUUUUAAAAUCUCUUCUUCUGAUAAACAGGAUAUACAAAAUAUUUUGGAAUAUAGUAAAAGAUUGGCCAUUAUAUUAUACAUAAAUAUAGAAAUAUGAGUCAAUUUUUCAUAGUGAAUAUAAUACUAAAAAUAUUAUUUUCGUUACUGUAGGCAAAUAGAAUUCAUCAUUAUAUUUCCAGUAUUGUGUAUAUUUCUCCGAAGAUUGUUAUUGUAUACAUUAUAGAGGAGUAUACAUAAAGUUCCAUACUCUAAGAGUAUUUAAUGAUCAAAUAAUUUUACGUUAUUUUUUAUAAUAUUAAAGAAUAGAAGAAACUUAUCUUUAUGGAGAAUUUAUACUUUUCAUAAUUACAGACAGAUAAAUAUCAAAGUAUAUUAUUUUUGAAAUUAAUUUCAUGUGAAAUUUAAAGCGCAACAUAUUCAAGACUAUCGCUUAAUUACAAAAUCUUGCUCUAGCAAUCUACAUUUUAUAUGAUGAAACAUCUAAAAUAUACCUAACUAUUAGAUUGAUUAUUCUACAAAAUUCGAAGCAGUUUAGAUGAUUUAUUAAUAACUUGUUUUCGAAACAAAACUCAGUUGGUUACACAAUUUAAUAUGAUUUCAAUAACAAUGAUAAAAAUGAAAAUUUUUAGUUGGUAGACUAUUGUAAGAUGAUAAUCAUAUCCUCUAAAAAAGUUACAUUCUAUUAAUGUAUUAAGUGCUAUACUGCCACUUGUAAUGUUAGUACUUUAUUUAUUUAAGUUUCACUUUUUUUUUUAUAACAGUUAAUAACAAAUAUACUAUUGUAUAUACAUAGUAUUUAAAGAGAGAUGGAAUCUUUCAUUACAUGGUAUUUGAAAGAAAUUCUUAGAUGUGAAACUUGCAAGAUAUUUGUCAGAACCUUUGCCAAGGAAUGUGAAUAUUGAACAGUCCUUUAAUAUGCUGCAUAUUUAUUGUUUAAAUGUACAAAGACAUAUUUUAGAUCGAUCUAACUGUAAUGAAAAUGUGCUUCAUUAUUAAUCGGUUCUGUUGAACAUUCCUGGACAUACAGUAUUCCUUAAUGUAUAUAGAAUAUGAAACUUAUAACUAUUAUGGUGAUAAUAUAAACCUGACAGCAAUCACUUGUUAUAAUCUAAUAGUAUAAGGUAAUAUUUGUUAAAUAAAUAUUAAAUGUUAAUAGUUUGAACCUUUAUUGCAUUGUAAAGAAGACUAACCAAACAGUGUACAGUUCUAUGAUAAUCUUAUCCUAUGGUUGCAUAACAUUAAAUUUUUCCAGAAAUUCAAAUGGAAUAGAAUCGAUAAAAUUAUGCACAAAGUAUUGAUAAACACGGAAUUGUAUAGAUGUGAAAAAAAAAUGAAGGUAAAUUAAAUGAGUUACCUUUGAUAACUACAUUCCUUUGAUUAAAAUUAAUACAUAGUUAUUUGUCAAUUUGUAGAGGUAUUUAUAUUACAAUUACCAUUUCAAUUGUUUACAUAAAUAUUUUUACACGUUGAGGCUAAAAAUAAGCAAUGAAUGAUAUUCACUGUUCUAAAAAUCAUUAUUACAAAUAAUGGUACUUCCUUGUAUUUGGUAUUUAUAAUGUAAAAAAAUUCCAUACAUUUAAAUAUUGCCUUUUGAUAACAGUUUCAAUACUGUAGUAGUUUAUUUUAAGUUCUAAUGAAUCAAUGAGUGUAUUUCAAAAUAUUUUAGAAACAAAUUAUUUUAAUAUACAAACAAAUUUGUAUAAUAUAAACAAUAAAGUAAUGAUUUUGAGAUCAGAAGUAAUGCCUAAGAGAAAAAAAUGAGACCUUAGGAAGUUAAAAAUAUUUAAAAUACUCAAGAUAUUAUCAAUUAUAGUAUGUAAGUUGUACUGCAAUUAAUAAUACACGUUUCUUACAUUUUGUAUGUAGUAUUUUGUUUCAAAUUAGAAUAUAAUUUUAUGGUACCGUUAAAAGAAAAAUUACAAUCUGUUAAGUUAAAAAUAAAGCAGCAUUAAAUUACAUUUAAAUAUUUUCAGUACAAGAUUUUGUUACUUAAAUUACUCUUAAAUUAUGUGUUACAAACAAAGCAUUGAUUGUUUUGUUCAUUAUUCACAUUCGUAUAUCGUACUAUAUACAUAGUAUAUAGAUUGAAAAUUAGAUGUAAUACUGAUGAGAUAUGUGUAAUAAUUAAAACUGUAGUUCCAGUUGAUAUUUUUUUUACAGAAGAAUUAAAAAAUUCGCCACAUAGUAUAGGCUUCUCUGUAUUAUUCAUAGAAUACUUAGGCAGAUACAAUGUAACUAAUAAUGCAAUACACGUGUAAUUUCUUCAUGCCUGGUAAAUCAUGUUGUAAAUUGAUUGAAACUAUUCAAAUAAUAAAUAAUAAAGAUCAUAAAUCAAA